AGCCGACGUCACCUUGCACAUACAUACUUCGUACUCGUACAUAGCCUUGCAGCUCUCUCGACCUCGCUUGGUGAAAGAGGGUCCUUUCCAUACUCCUUCUUCUUCUUCAGCUCAACGCGCAAACAGCGGCACCCAGCCACGGUAGCAGCGUCCCAAGUUGCCGCCAUAUCGACGUCGGACGCGCCGGGAGGAGUGUGGGCGCAACAGGCAUGGGCAGUCAGCCAGGCGGUCCGGGCGCCGCAACGGACGGCCCCUCGGGAGAGGGCGACCACCACCCACCGUCUGAGCGAGGGCCACCAAGGAAGAGACGGCGCAUCGUCAUCUCGUGCGGCGAGUGUCACAGGCGCAAGCAAAAGUGCGAUCGCGAGCUGCCUUGCUCCAACUGCCGGUCCAGGAACCGGGAGUCGGCCUGCAGCUAUGACCCUGGGGCACCCACAGCCCGGGACUAUGAGAUGCGCAAACCCUCACCGGGCCGCCAUGAUGACCGAGGCGACCGCAAAACGGACGAGCCGCUGUCGUCCAUGGCCGCCACCUGGGGGUAUGGCCAGACCGGCACCUCAACAAUCGGCUUCCUCAAGAAGAUUGAGAUGGCCGACGCUGACUACGCCGAUGGCCCCGUGGUGGUUCCCUCCUGGGGCUCCAAGCAGCAUAGCUUCGCCAUCCGGGAAAAGUACAAGGGCCUCAUCAGGCAGCUGCCCGCGAGGACAUACGUCGACAAGCUCAUUCGUCUGUUUCUGCACGAGUUCAAUUAUCAGUACUCAUACGUCGAUCCGGGCAUCUUCUUCAAGCAACUCGACGAGUGGCACAGCAUCCCGUUCAACGUCCUCUCCAACGAGGGACCCGAGGCUCUCUCGCCAGACCUGAGAGCAUUUCCGGCCGUGCUGUUUCAAAUCAUUGCCACGGCCCUGCUUCUGAUAUCCGAAGACGAGCCGUCGGAAUUCCAGGGCCUCAAGUACGCAGGGACCAUGACUUUCGAGGACCUGGCGUCAGAGUACAGCGACUCUGGUGCUGCGAUUGUCAAUCUCUUUGGCAAGAAGGGUCUAUCACUCACGACCGUGCAAGCUGAGUUUUUGAGAGCUUCCUUUCUGAAAUUUACCGCCAAUGUCACAGAGUCGUGGCACACGAUCGGAGUUGCGGUCAGGGACGCGCAAGAGCUUGGCAUGCAUCGCGACAGCCUAGACCCAAAGCCCAAGGAUGACACCCCAGAGGCCAUUCUAGAAAAUCAGUGGCUUGUCCAAAGACGGCGCAAGAUGUACAUGAUGUUGGUCAUGUGGGAUAUCAAUAUGUGUGUCAUGUUAGGCCGACCUGGGGCCGUGGAUGCGAGACACGGCUUGCCGUCGGUCCCCAUCGACGUACCGGCGUCGACUUUCCAGUCAAAAACGGCGCUGAUACAGCGGAAUAAGGACGAUGACCCACCGACACCCCUAACGAGGGCGCUCUGGCUCCAUGAGCUGGUGUUUCCGCUUCGAGACAUUCUCGAUCUCGAGCGGGAAGGGCCGUACCCGAGAGACUUUAGCAAAGUCGACAGGCUUCACCAGGUUAUUAUGGGCUUGAACGACAGGAAGCCGGCUGCCUUCCGGUUGGAAAACCCAGACACGAGAUGGGACAAUGAUGUCGACACGCAUUGGAUUCAACCAACUCGGCUCUAUGUGGCGCAGCUACACGAGUUCAGUCUCAUGGCGUUGCAUCGGCCCUACAUUUUUCAUCGGAAAGAGAGUCGCAUCCAGGCACUUCGUGCCAGCCUGGACUUGCUGGAGCUGCAGCGGCAAUUCUUCGAGAGCCUGCCUCCCAGAGCAUGGAGGAGCUUCCUGCUGUUCUUUGGAAGCUUUGACGCGAUUGUCGUCAUCGCGGCCAUUUAUAUACUAUUCCCGCACGACCACCCGGAGCUGCGGGAGAGCGCGACGCAGAAGGUGUACUGGGCGAUUGAGCGAUUCGCGGCGAUGCAAGAGCGCAACCCCUUGGCCAAGUCGGCACAGGGAGUGCUACGAGCGAUCCUGGCGAAGCUUACGAGGGCGGUGGGCGGGCAGGGGGCGGCGUCGACGACGACGGGUGGCAGCAGCUCACAGACGCCGGGCGCCACAAGCCUCGGACAAAGCAGCGCGACGUCGGUCAGCCCGCCGAGCAAACCGGCAGUGGAAACGGGUCGGGUCGCGGCCGGUGCGGGGCCACCGGUACAGGAGGUAGGGUACGAUUCGACGGCGAUGAUGGCGGCAGCCGACUGGUCACUCCCGCCGAUGGACAACCUCGCGGCGAUUGCGCCCUUGUUUCCCACGUCGGACCUUAUCUACCACGACCUCACGGGGAUCCCGCAGCAGGGCAUGGUGGCGGUGCCGCUGGCGGUGGAGGGCGGGGACGACGCGUCGCUGGGCACGGUCGUGUUGCCGUGGCAGUUCGAAGGCGACUUUGGCGAGGACACGGUAUGGCAGAUUCUCAACCAGUUUCAGUCGCAGGAGGCGUGAAUCGAUAUGUAUGUACGACGUACGUAAAGGAGAGCGGGCAUGACGAAGCGGCCUGCGAGCCGGGACCAUGGGCCAUGGGGCGUGGUGCAAUAAGGUGAAACCGUUGAUGAUUCAAGGGGGUGGGCGGGAAGAGGCGCGCGCUUGCCGGGAUCCGCGUGAUUGGACUGUGACAGACUAACUUACUUGGUACAGUAUGUGCGUUGCGUUUGCUGCGUGCGUGCGUGCGUGGGAGCGAGCGGGCGCGCGCGCGUGCAUCCACGGCCAGCCGGCCGCCCCAACUGGUUGCGUCGUGACACGACUCUGAUUACAAGUGCGUGUGUGCGUGGGUUUUAGUGCCUUAGGUACUGUACCACUUUGUUUAUUAUUAGUUUGGCCGGGAGGGGGGAGGGGA